CCUAUGGGAAAGCUUACAAUUAAAUUCAGAUAAUAAGCUGUUAAUAUUAGUUGCAUGGUUCAGCGUUUUCGAAAUUUUUAGUUAUUCAAAAAUGGCACACAACGGUUUUAAAAAUAUUUACAUUGUACUUGCUUUGUGUGUAUAUGAACUUUUUUUAGUUCAAACAAUAUCUGCUGCCGUGACAGCUCCAAAAAAUAAAUACACGGUUUUUCUGGAUAAGAAAUCAUGGGAAGAGGCAAGUGAACAAUGCGCCUCUAACGUUAUGAAACUAGUAGAAAUUUAUACGUAUAAGCAACAGAAUGAUCUAAGGGCAUAUAUUAGACAGAAUAAUUUGCUACCAGCAGAUGAAAAUUCUGGUUAUUGGUUAGGAGCAAAGCUUGAACAACAGCAAUGGAUUUGGGACCCCACAGGAAAAAAUCCCAGGAAGGAAAAAAUGUUCCUGCCAGGAUGGCACUUUGGGGAUCCAGAUGGCAAAGGAAUACCAGAGGGUGCUUCUGCAUGCAUGGAGCUACAAUACAAAAAUGACUCUCAGUUCGUGCAAUCUUUGUCGUGGAACGACAUAUCUUGUGACGAGAAACGCGCGGUGAUUUGCGAGGAAUGGAAUUAUGGGUCAAAAACGGAAUAAAUGCGAUGUAUUAUUGAGUGUUCAACAUAUUAAAAUACCUAUAUAUAAUUUA